GUGUGAAUAGAUUUUUGAUUCAUUCAUGGUUUUAGAAUCUACAAUCUCACCAAAGCAAUACUAGAAAAGUGAGAAAGAAUGAGUGAAAGUAAUUUGGUUGCAGAUCAAGUGUGGAAGGAAAUUCAAUCUACACACACAGUGAAUGAUGAUCAACUUUAUAUUUUACAUUUCUUGUUUGGUAAGAACUUUGAAGGAGCUACUAGAAUAGUGGAUCAAAGAGGUGUCAAGAGGAUUUGUGGUCAACCUAGUGGAAGGUUUAUCUUUCAGGUUACAGGGGAAUCCAGGAAAAAAGACCAGUAUCUAUGUUUUGCUGAAAACUUUUGCGCCUGUUAUUCUUUCUUCUAUGAUGUUGUCAACAGAGGGGAACAACUUUGUUGUAAGCAUCAAUUAGCUGCAAGACUUGCUGCAUCGUUGGGAUCGUAUGUCGAAGUCAAGGUGUCUGAUGAGGAACUAGCUUUGUUGCUAUCCAAAAUAUAGCCCUUGCAUUUGAUUUUUUGUCAAGAAAACAAAGACUUUGCUUUGUGGAAGCUAGAUUAGACAAAGAAAGAACACUUCAUUAUAGGUAAAAAAGUGUGAUUAGAUUAAGCACCAAAAGCAAUUAGAUUAAGUUUUCCUGUUAAUUAUUGAUGUUGAAACUAGUAUCGUGACUUCUCUUAAGUCCAUGAUUUGUUAUGCUUAUGCCUGUAUAUAAAAUUUAAAUAAUGAUUAUCUACUUCCUAAUUA